AUGGACGGAGCUGAACUUGCGGGUAAUAACGGGUCUUGCCGGCCUGAAUGGCCUGGCUGGGCUGAAUGGCUGAGCUGGGCUGAAUGGGCUGCUGUGCCUGAAUGGGCUGCUGUGCCUGAAUGGGCUGCUGUGCCUGAAUGGGCUGCUGUGCCUGAAUGGGCUGCUGUGCCUGAAUGGCCUGCUGUGCCUGAAUGGCCUGCUGUGCCUGAAUGGCCUGGCUGGGCUGCUGGGCGUGAAUGGCUGAUCUGGGCUGAAUGGCUGAUCUGGGCUGAAUGGCUGAUCUGGGCUGAAUGGCUGAUCUGGGCUGAAUGGCUGAUCUGGGCUGAAUGGCUGAGCUGGGCGGGUAAUGAUGAUCCUGAAUGCCCUGAUGACUGCACCGGCCGUUCUGGCGCGGCUAAGUGUCGAUUCGCUAUCACUGCGCUGGCCACUGGCCUCCGACUCGCUCGAUAA